AAAGUUGAAUGGUGGCGCGUACUGUGGGAUGUGCAAACGGAGAUUAUGAGCGGAGGUCUGACAACAAGAAGCGAUCAAAUUUAGAAAUAAGAGGUUCAAAGACUGGGAGCAUAAACUGAGCACAAUGGCAUCAAAAUGUCCGAGAUGUGAGAAGCCCGUCUUCUUUGCGGAGAAGGUGAGCUCUCUGGGGAGGAACUGGCACAGAUUCUGCCUGAAGUGUGAGCGCUGCAGUAAGACUCUGUCUGCUGGAGGACAUGCAGAGCACGAUGGAAGGCCAUACUGCCACAAGCCCUGCUACGCCACUCUGUUUGGACCCAAAGGGGUCAAUAUCGGAGGGGCGGGGUCUUAUAUCUAUGACACCCCACCCCCUACUCCCGUCAACAAAUCAGGCGACAGCCAUUCUGACUGGUCUCCUGCCACCCCCUGGACCUCCGCCCAAAUGGCCAAACCACAGUCCAAAGUGGUCCUUGCCUGCAUGAAGACCUUUGCCGGAGAGACGUCACUGUGUCCAGGUUGCGGAAAGGUUGUGUAUUUCGCGGAGAAGGUCAUGUCUCUGGGACGGAACUGGCACAGGCCAUGUCUUCGCUGUGAAAGAUGCAAGAAAACACUGACCUCUGGUGGACAUGCUGAGCAUGAAGGAAGACCCUACUGCCAUGUCCCUUGCUACGGAUACCUGUUUGGGCCAAAAGGGGUGAACAUUGGAGACGUUGGUUGCUACAUCUAUGAUCAGGACAGUGAGGAGACUGACAUUUCCAUUCGGUCCUAAAGAGUAACUGUAAGGACAGCCUUGAGGGGACUGGUACUUGUUCCACACUCUAACCCACAGCUUCCCAAAAUUUACAAACCUGUGAACAAUUUUAUGGAUACAUUUUCCGUGACCUCUUACAGUGUUGCCUCACAUAAUGUUCAGUUAUAAACACACAUUUUUAAAGUUACCAUGUGCACUGUAGUAUUGUAACCCACCUCAGUAAUAUGCGUGCAUGCAUGCAUCCGUGUCCUUAUGUGUAUGUGCGCGUCUGUGCCUGUGUGUGUGUAAGGGUGUGCGUGUGUGUAGUGUGCGCCUGUAUGUGUGCGUGCGUGCGUGCGUGCGUGUUAUGGCUCAAUUAAUAUACGAUGUGCCAUGCAGAUGGUAUGGCACUUCUUUCUCAAAAGUAACCUCUCCUCGAUGCCAUAUUACCACACGUGUACACACACCUUUUCCUUCAGAUAACUAAACCUACAUUCCAAGACCUAGAGAAAUGCUUCUGAUUCUUAAGUCCUGCUGUUUACUUUCAGUUGUCACAGGAGAUUCAGAUAAAGAAGGGGAAAUACGGAGGAGAGGUUUAAUUGGUACAUUUAGUCACAACAGUGCUGGGUUUUCUAACUCGCCCUGUGUCAUUAGGGUCCAGUAAUGUUAGGUGUCCAAGUCUCACCACCACCAGCACUUGUGUGGAAGGAAGAACAGAAAGUUUCUUGGGUGGCAUUAGCUUUUAUUUUUAUAGCUCCCUCUAGUGGUAAAGCAAAUUGUACCGGUUGACAUCUACAGCUAUUGUCUAUCUCAGUGUGGCUGUCAUUUCCUGGUAGAGAAACAAGGAAACCUCAUUUAAGUUGUUGGUCACUUGCCAUAUAUUAACAAUAAAUAUUCUACACCUUUCAGUAAAUUUUAUUUCCUCUUAAGUAUAUUUA